AUGUAUUUCUACGCGAUUGUGUUCUAUGAUGGAACACCUAAUAACAUAGGUUUCGUUCAAAGGGCUGAUGCAACAGUAGGGGAUUUACAUUCAGAAAUUGAGAAUAAAUUAAACGUAAACAGAAGUGACUAUAUACUGACGUUCUGGGAUGUGAAACUGGAUAAUGAAGACGCAACACUUUCAGAUUAUAAUAUUACACCCGGGGCAAUCUUAUUGGCUGCUAAAAAGGACUGCACCGACUCAAAUGAAAUCAGGAAACUGGAUCAGUUGGAAGAUUCUAUCAUUUCCAUACAAUCGAAAUUAGCCUGCUUGCAAAUAAACUCCGACUUUCUUUCUUUAAUCAAUUCCAGUCCCAAUGCUGUUGCAACCCAGUCCAAAGAUCUCUUAAAAAUUUCUGAAAAUUGUAUGAAGAAUUUAGAAGUUGCAGAUUCCGUCAUUCUCCCCAGCAGCGAUUACAAUCAACGCAAACGACGCAAGCAAAUUGUUAAUUCUCUUAAUGUACGUUAA